AUGGGUGUACUAGCCUUCUUGAUCUUUGCUCUCACUAUUCUAAGUAAUUUCAGCGAUGCCACAGUGAGCUCACUCCCCAGAGAGGCUCAGCCGUUCAACUUCCCCAAGGCAAGGCGUCUCUCUGCUGCGGUUUCUCGCUCAAAGCUUGAAUCCAGAGCAGCGUUUGCAUCCAAUCUUCUAAGAAGGGAAGCAAGUUUUGACUUUCUUCAUGGUGAUCAAGAUCUCGAAUCGGUCUUUGUGGCCACCUUGGACGUCAAGUCGCAGUCACCCAUUCUGGCAUUAGAGGAGUUGGAUGACUCGGUCCAAGACGUGACCUGCACGGAAUCACAGAUUGACAUAUUGUUCGGAUCAAUCGAGCAAGUCCGCUCAAUCCAUCGAGAAUUGGAGCAGACCGAUGGGUUCAUCCUAGUCACCUCACAUAGUGGGUGUGACCCUGAUGGAGAAAGGUCAACGCAUCGAGUCACCAAGGUCGCAAUUGACCCGACUCGCAACGUGCUGUCACUAGGAAAAUCCGACUGUGGCUGGCAAGACGCAUUUCACACGACUCGAGUCUCUUUCUCUCGCAGACAUCCAUCCGAAGUCCGGAGACGUUCGAACACGCUCAUCAAGAGACAGCAGCAGUCGCAGUCUAAAUCACCAGAAACAACAAAAACAAUGGGAGGGUCCGCCGAAACUCCUACGUUCACAAUUCCUGCGCCUAGCGCAACGUCGGGGCUUUCCUCGACUUCGACGAAGGAGCUCAAUGAGCAUUACGUGGACCAAAAGAUAUUUCCCCCAGCCGUUCCUGCGGCGGCCGCGCUUCUCCCAUCAGGAAUCACCGUGUCUUGCAAGAAUUGCUCCCUAGAAGGCAACAUCGUCCUAAACAAGGGCUCUUUCGAGAUUUCUGGAUCUGAUGGGUUCAUGGACGCCGUCAACAACACCAUCGCUUUCUUUGACCAUGGCAGCAUUGAAGUAAUUGCCAACGGCCUCUUUGCGCAGGUCGAACUUGAGUUCGAUCUUUCUGCGAGUCAAGAUCUGGUCUCGUUUUCGGCUCAGCUUCCUGCUAUCCCCCUCAUUCCUUUCGAGAUUCCCGGAGUCCUCGUGUUUGGCCCGAUGAUAGUAGCGGAGUUUGACCUGAGUUUGAGCCUUGCCCAAAGCAUUGGCUUUUCAUAUGGUUUCAACCUCUCCGUCCCUGCAAAUUCCAAAGUGGAGCUGAAUAUGGACGAGAUCUCGAACUCCUCAAUCACAGGCUUUGACAAAACAACCGUCCAUGCCUUGCCAUUUCAGGCAAAAGCCGCUCUUGUUUCUCUUAUAGCCAGUAUCGGCUUCAAACCCCAGAUCCUCCUCGGCAUCAACACGGCAGUGGGAAGCGUGCAGGGAGGAGUCGGCGCCUUUCUCGAACUACCCAAGGUUUCUCUCAACGUGACACAGCUCGGUAACGUCAACGAGAAAUGCGAAGCUGUCUCGAAUGGCGAUGGCAAGCUCACCUCAGUGCUGGACCAUGUUUUUGGGAACUUUACAAACCUUGUUCCCACUGUGGACAUCAAUCUGGGAGCCCUGGCGAAUUUCGAGGUUGAUGUCCCACGCGUCUUCACGGAAGCAGCUGCUGUGCAAACCGUACUGGCUUCAACUUCGUACCCCCUGCCGACGGCGUGCUUGCACUUUGACCCGGAGAGCGGCGAAUACAGUUCUCCUACUCCUACUCCGGUAUCGUCUGCUGUAGGUAAGGCUGCGACAGCUAAAGCGGAGAAGAGUCGGGCCGCUUUUGUGGGAAUCAAUCGUGGGUUGGUGCUAUUAUCAGUGAUUGCGUGUUUAUGCGUCUAUUAG